CAUGCAACAAUGUCGUGGUGCAAGGGUUUAUCUUAAUGGGAGGUAACUCCAUUUAGAAGUGACUUUUGUACCAGGUCGCGGUAGACUCCGACCCCGCUGAGGAGGUGGUUGCCGAGCGUGCAGAAUGGCCAGUGAUGAUGUUUUGCGAGACGGUGUUCGAGGGAGCCUUGGCGCCUGGAUUCAGAAGCUUGAGUGUGGUGGCGAUGUUGAACGUCAAAUGUUUUUCAAGAAACGGUUCAUUGAGCGUCUCCGGAAGUCAGCGAUUGCCAUAGAAACAGACAAGGCUAAUGAACAACAUUACGAGGUCCCCACCGAAUUCUUCCUCGCGUCUUUGGGGUCACGGCUGAAGUAUAGCGGGUGCUAUUGGCCGGAGGGCGUCUCUACGCUUGACCAGGCUGAGGAAGCUUCCUUGGGUUUGUACUGUGAGCGAGCGAAGAUUGAAGAUGGACACACAGUCAUGGACUUAGGAUGUGGAUGGGGGUCCUUCGGCCUGUACGUGUGCGAGAAGUUCCCUCGCUGCAGAGUCACGUGUGUGUCCAACUCGAACACCCAGAGGGCGCUGAUCACUGCACGUGCGGAACAGAGGGGGUACCGCGACAGACUGGAGGUCAUCACAGCAGACGCCAAUGAAUUCCUGACCUCCAAGAAAUACGACAGGAUUGUUUCCAUAGAGAUGUUCGAGCACAUGAAGAACUACGGGGUUCUCUUCCAACGCGUGUCGUCGUGGCUGAAACCCUCGGGUUACCUGUUUGUCCAAGUCUUCUGUCACAGGGAGCACCCCUACGCCUUCGACACCACCCCCGGGUCGGACACAGAGUGGAUGGCCAAGAACUUCUUCUCGGGUGGCACCAUGCCGUCACGUGACCUGUUCCUCUACUUCCAGAAUGACGUCACAAUAGUCAACCAGUGGGUGGUCAAUGGAACGCAUUACGCCAAGACCCUGGAGGCGUGGCUUCAACGGACAGACGGGAAUAAGGAGCGCGUCAUGCACAUUCUCCGCCAAUCAUACGGCGAGGAUGCAGAACAGCAACUGUUCAACUGGCGAUUGUUCUACAUGUUCUGUUUAGAAGUAUUCGGAUAUAAGGGCGGGAAUGAGUGGUUCCUCACUCACGUGCUGAUGAAGAGGAAGCUACAAAGCUCUUUAUAGAACGUCUUCACAGUGAUGCUCUAUUUGAAUCGUUCCAAUGUUCCAACGUUCAAAGGCUGUCACAAGAGUCACAUCAAUUACUUUACAAGGUCAAUUACUUUAUUUUUUUAUAUACUUUAAUGUUUUGAAUAAAUAUUAGUGUUACCUUUGUA